UCUCUUUCUCUUUAGGGGCGUGGCCAUGAUACGUUGGAGGUGUGUCUUCAGUUCCGCUGAGGGAGAGAGACAUAAAGAGAGACACACAGACAGAGAGGGACAGACGGACACGCAUUGACACCGUAACGGAUCGAUCCGUGCGGAGGACCCGGGAGGACACGCGCGUGCGCGUGAGACAUGGCACCGCGCUGCUCGCGAUAGAGACGGAGAGCGGAAGAGCCCUGCGGACGUGAAGGAGGACGGCACCGGGCGGACAUGGCCCACGUAGGCAGCGGAGCCGCAGAGGAGGAGGACUGCUUUGAGGACGCAUACGACAGAAUACCUGCUGCGUCUCAGAUGGACCUGCACACAGCCAUCCAGGAGACUCAGUGUGCUCUCAAUCUGGUCCUCAACGACAAGUUCUCUGAAGCCCUAGACCUCCUCAGACCAUGGUGGAAGGACAGCAUGUACCAUGCGUUGGGCUACAGCAGCAUCCUGGUGAUGCAGGCCACCAUGACCUUUGAGCACAGAGACAUUCAGGCCGCCAUGUCCACCAUCAAGGAGGCGCUGCAGACCUGUCAGAGGUUCAGGAAGAAGAACUCGGUGGUGGGAUCUCUGUCCAGUCUGAUCAGUAAGCAGUCCAAACUGCAAGAAGAGGAGAUGCACGCUGAGAUCUGCUACGCCGAGUGUCUGCUGCAGAAAGCAACGCUGACCUUUGUGCAGGAUGAAAACAUGAUCAGUUUCAUCAAAGGAGGCAUAAAGAUCAGAACCAGUUACCAAAUCUACAAGGAUUGUCAGAAUUUGCUGAAUGUCAAUCAGGACCUAGCCAGCCAAUCAGAUGCGUUCAGACAGUUUGAGGGCGGAGUCAAGCUGGGCAUCGGAUCCUUCAACCUGAUGUUGUCGCUCCUCCCCCAGAGGAUUCUGAGGUUGUUGGAGUUCAUCGGAUUCUCGGGGAACAGGGGCUUCGGUCUGUCUCAGCUGAGGGAAGGAGCCUCCAGCCACAGUCUGCGCUCCAUCCUGUGUGCUCUGACGCUGCUCUUCUACAACACAUACGUCUCACUCAUUCUUGGAACCGGAGAGGGGAACCUGGUGGAGGCUGAAGCUCUGCUGGAGCCGUACCAGCAGAAGUACCCCAAGGGCUCCAUCAUUCUCUUCUACUCUGCUCGCAUCUCCACGCUGAGAGGAAACUUUGAGAAGGCGCGGGCGCGCUACGAGGAGUGCAUCGGCAGCCAGCAGGAGUGGAGGCAGAUCCACCACCUGUGCUACUGGGAGCUGAUGUGGAACCACUCCUACCAGCAGGAGUGGCAACAGGCGUACCACUACGCCCACCUGCUGUGCCAGGAGAGCCGCUGGUCCAAGGCCAUUUACGUGUACCAGAAGGCCGCCAUCCUCAGUAUGAUGUCGGAGGACGAGGUGAAGAGGACGGGGGAGAACCUGGUGGAGCUCUUUAGGCAGGUGGAGGGGCUGAAGCAGCGCCUGGCAGGGAAGUCCAUCCCGACGGAGAAGUUUGCAGUGAGGAAAUCGAGACGCUACAAAGCUGCCGUCCCCGUCCUCCUGGUCGUCCCCGCCCUGGAGAUGAUGUACGUUUGGAACGGUUUCUCCAUCGUGGGGAAGAGAGCCGACAGCACCGAGGCCCUGCUGGUUACCAUAGAGACGGCCGAGGAACAGCUUCGCAGCGACCCCAACCCGUCAGAGUUUCAUCCAGACGACAGCUGCCUGGUCCAGAUGUUGAAGGGACUCUGCCUGAAACACCUGGGCAGGUUGUUGCAGGCCGAGCUGUGCUUCACGCAGGUCCUGUCCAGUGAGAGUCGUAUCCGCUACGAUCACUACCUGAUUCCCUUCACCCUCUACGAGUUGGGUCUGCUCUACAAACUGCAGGGGGACUUCGCCAAGGCCACCACGUACAUCGAGAACGCCAAGACGAACUACAAGGACUACUCCAUGGAGAGCAGGCUGCACUUCCGCAUCCACGCCGCCCUCAGCAGCCUCAGGGGAUCACCUGUCGGCACCCCGUAGUAUGAGGACCCCGGGAUCCCCCCCACAAAGGGGGCUCGGUGUCCACCAGUUAACCUUCAUUUCACGUGUCCUUAUUUAUUUAUUUGUGUAAUGUGUGUGGACGGUUUAAAGAUCAUUCAGGCACAUCUUCUCAAACCUGCUGCAGUUUACUGAGAUUCCUUUGAUCAGUAGUGAGUGAGGAGACGAGAACAUGUGAUGGGGGGGAUCACUUUUAGGCUGAACUCACUAGCAAACUAAUCAUGGCCUUAUCUAUAUAUAUAUAUAUAUAUAUAUAUAUACAUAUAAAUAUAUAUAUGCUACUCAUUGUUCCUUAAACCUGAGAUCUACACACACAGGGCUCUCAACUUUUCAAAAAACCUUGGAGUGACAUUUUACUGUGUGUUUUUUUGCAUGAGAAAUUGGAUGUGUGACUAAAAAGACCAAAAUUAGUGACUGUCACGCUCAAUGCGUGACACUUGAGAACCCUGCUAUAUAUAUAUAUAUAUAUAUAUAUAUAUAAAAUAUGAUUUGAAUAGUCUUACUAUGCCUGCUUUGAUUUCCACGUGUCUUCUCACCAACCGUGGCUUACACACACACACACACACACACACAGCAUUAUACACUCAUUGCGCCGUACGCACACUAACCAGAGAAGCAUGCGCACACAACUAGCAGCAAUAUAAGUAAUAAGUAACAACAGGCCUUUAGUCUCCUUCCUGGAGGGGUUUCAGGUGGUUGCAAUCUGCUGUUUGGCCACUAGACGCCUCCAGAUUCCACAGAGACUCUCACAGCAGUUUACUUUGUUAAACUACUGCUACUACAACUGUUAAAAUGCUGUUGUGUUAAAGCUUUUAACACUUUGGUGUGCUCAUGUUUCAUUUUUUUUGGCUCUCAGGGCGACAAAAAGUCAAAUCAAAGAAGGCAGCUUUGAAAUGAGACACAGAUGAGAUUCAGAUGACGUCGUGGUGUCCCCUUCCUUUUGAAGGCAUUUGGGCUGUUUCUGCUUUUCUUUAAUCAGCUGCAUGCCAUCAUACCACGUAAAUCAUAAAUAUUAGAACCAUCCGUCAAGAGCAGUUCAUUGAGUAUCGGUUUAUGUACUAAAACAUUUAAAAAGCACAAAUCCAUAAUCUUCAAUUACCAAAAACAAAUAUGAGGUACCUUUUAUUUCCUGACCUGUUCUCCUUUGGCUUCAAGUUGUUUAACGCUAUUUAAAUGAUGUGUAUAAUAUAUUUACACCAUGAUUAUUUAAUACUAUAUAACUUGAAAAGUACCCAAAGAUGUUUUCAUUUCUCAUAACAGGAACAUCUUUCCUCUCAUAGGAAGCUUUAUUCCAUUCCAGUUUUAUUCAGCAAGUAAAUGGUUGUAAUAAAAGAAGAAUCAUUGUAUCAACCUGAAGACCAAACUUUGUGUGCGUCUCGCUGUCUCUGGUUUUUAAUCAUUGUGUAUUUUCGUGCCUUUUAUGGAGUGAUUUUUGUUCUUGUGCUUCUGUGGUCUGAAACUCAAUAAGAGCUUUAUCUAAAAGACCAGUGUGGUUCAGGGCCUUCUGCCGUGUCGUAUACUACAAUGUGACCAUCGUCACGAACACCCAUCUGCUUCUGAAGAACCCUUUACUUGAAGAAAUACUCUUUGUAAGAAUAAGACUUCUUCAAUGGGUAGAGUGGAUUUAAGGUGAGACCCUGGACUGGUUCUUAGGAGAACGUCCUAGUGGGUUCUCAUCAGCAACGUUAGAAGGUACAAAAAACAAAACUUCAAGACAGCGAUUUUGGGGGGAACCAUUUGACAUUUGAAGGAUCCUCUGUACAGCCUCUGAUUUCUGGGUGAACCCUCUCACAGGUGGUUCUAGGUAUGACCCCCUUAGGUUGGGGUUCUAGAUAGAACCUUCUGAAAGGGCUCCUAGUGGAACAUUUAUGAAAGUCCAAGCUUUGUGGUUCUAGUUAACAAUAUUCAUUCUACAGCCAUUCGAGUGAAUGUAUUCAGAUGUAUUUUCAUUGAACUACAUGGUUAUAAAUAAUGUGACACUGAAGCUCUCGGCCACAUUUCACUGUCACAACCUUUUUCUCUGUUAAACUGUGAUUGUUCAUCUGCUUUUCUACAUUGAUGCAUGUUAUUCAGUGAUGUUGAUCUUUGUUCAUUUUCAGUAUAAGGACAUUACUGUAUGUGCUUUACGGCAGGAAGCAUGAUGACCAAAUAUAUACGGUUAAAGAUGAGGAUCCAGGUGGUACAAUAAAAUGAAAAUGGAAGACUA